AUGCUGUCGGUUAGAAGUAAAAGUAGAAGCGUGAUCUCAGCUGUAUCAGCUCUGAAACGUUCUUUCCAAACGUCAGCAUAUCUGAAUCAAGUGCAGGGAUCAGUUGAUGGUAAUUCGAGUAGUUCACCAUUGGAGGGAUCGAAGUAUCACAUCGUGGAUCACGAGUAUGACUGUGUAGUUGUUGGGGCCGGGGGAGCCGGUCUAAGAGCGGCGUUUGGGCUUGCAGAAGCAGGCUAUAAGACGGCUUGUCUGUCAAAGCUGUUUCCUACGAGAUCGCAUACGGUUGCAGCGCAAGGUGGGAUCAACGCUGCGCUUGGAAAUAUGCAUAAGGAUAACUGGAAAUGGCACAUGUAUGAUACCGUCAAGGGGUCGGAUUGGCUCGGGGACCAAGACUCUAUCCACUAUAUGACGAGAGAGGCACCAAAAUCCAUUAUUGAACUGGAGCACUUCGGAGUGCCAUUUUCGAGAAAUGACGAAGGCAGAAUCUACCAAAGAGCGUUUGGUGGUCAAACAAAAGACAGCGGGAAAGGAGGUCAGGCCUACCGUACCUGUGCGGUCGCUGAUAGAACAGGUCAUGCUUUGCUGCACACGCUGUACGGUCAGGCAUUGAGACACAACACACAUUUUUUCAUCGAAUUCUUCGCGAUGGAUUUAUUGACGCAUAAUGGCGAAGUUGUUGGUGUGAUGGCUUACAAUCAGGAAGACGGUACAAUCCACAGAUUCAGAGCUCAUAAAACAAUUAUCGCUACCGGUGGCUAUGGUAGAACAUAUUUCUCCUGUACAUCUGCUCACACCUGUACUGGUGACGGUAAUGCGAUGGUGUCACGUGCCGGAUUCCCAUUACAGGACCUGGAAUUUGUUCAAUUUCAUCCAUCCGGUAUUUAUGGAUCAGGUUGUCUGAUCACGGAAGGUGCUCGUGGUGAAGGUGGAUUUUUAGUGAAUUCUGAAGGCGAAAGGUUCAUGGAGCGUUAUGCGCCAACCGCCAAGGACUUAGCGUGCAGAGAUGUCGUCUCAAGAGCAAUUACAAUGGAGAUCAAAGAAGGUAGAGGUGUUGGUAAAAGCAAAGACCAUAUGUAUCUACAAUUGUCUCAUUUACCACCAGAAGUGUUAAAAGAGAGAUUACCAGGUAUUUCAGAGACUGCUUCAAUCUUCGCAGGUGUUGAUGUCACAAAACAGCCUAUACCAAUUAUCCCAACUGUUCAUUAUAAUAUGGGUGGUAUACCAACAAAAUGGAACGGGGAAGCAUUAACAAUAGAUUCCGAAACUGGUGAGGACAAGCUCAUUCCUGGUCUACUAGCAUGUGGUGAAGCUGCUUGUGUUUCUGUUCACGGUGCUAACAGACUGGGUGCUAAUUCUCUGUUAGAUUUAGUUGUGUUCGGACGUGCGGUUGCUCAUACAAUUGCUGAUACUUUACAACCUGGUUUACCACAUAAACCUCUGCCAAAUGAUCUGGGUAAAGAAUCGAUUGCCAAUUUAGAUAAAUUGAGAAAUGCAAAUGGUUCAAAAUCAACCGCUGAAAUUAGAUUAAGUAUGCAAAAAGCAAUGCAGGAUGACGUUUCCGUCUUUAGAACUCAAGAAACCUUAGAUGCAGGUGUAAAAAAUAUCGCUGAAAUUGAUGAGUCUUUCGAUGAUGUUCGUGUUACAGAUAGAUCAAUGAUUUGGAAUUCCGAUCUUGUCGAAACUCUAGAACUACAGAACUUAUUAACUUGUGCUGCCCAAACAGCUGUUUCUGCAAGUGCAAGAAAAGAAUCUCGUGGUGCCCAUGCAAGAGAAGAUUAUCCUGAGAGAGAUGAUGAACAUUGGAUGAAGCAUACUUUAUCUUGGCAAAAAAACACUUCGGAUCCAGUUACUUUGAAAUAUAGACGUGUUAUUGCAAAUACGCUUGAUGAAAAGGAAUGUCCGCCAGUUCCACCUGCUGUAAGGGCAUAUUAG